AUGCUGGAUCAGGCGGUGGUGGUGACCCGCUGUCGGCAACCGCACGCCCUCCUCGCGCCAGGCGGCGGCGAGGUGCUGGCUGUCACAGACCUGCACGUGGAUUACGCCGAAAACAUGGCCUGGUGCGAGCGCCUGGACGGCCAGGCUUUCAGGCACGAUGUGCUGGCUGUGUCUGGCGAUGUGUCUGAUGAGCUGGGGGCGCUGGAGCAGGCUCUGGGCUGCCUGGCCUCCAAAUUCGCCGCCGUCUUCUACACCCCCGGCAACCACGAGCUGUGGAUACGGGAGAAGGACCGCGCCAGCGGCCUGAUGGAUUCCCGGGCCAAGCUGGCGCGGGUGCUGGAGCUGUGCCAGCGCCUGGGGGUGCACACGCAGCCGCGCCGCCUGGGCAACCUGUGGCUGGCGCCGCUGUUCAGCUGGCAUCACAAGAGCUUCGACUGCGAGCCAGACAUCCCAGGGGUGCCCCCCGCCUCAGCUUGGACCAUCGCCGACUAUGGAGCCUGCCGCUGGCCGCGCAGCGUGCCUGGCGGCGACAGUGCGGGGUCUGUGGAGCUGGCGCGGUGGUUUGACGGCAUGAACGACACGCCCGCCUGGCGCCAGCUCAUCGCCACGCGGCACCAGUGCGACGCUCUGCUGCCCGAGAAGCGCUACCUGUAUUACCCAGGCCUGGCCAAGGCGGUUGGCUCGGCGCCGCUGGCGGCGCGCCUGGCGGCGCUUCGACCGGACCUGUGCCUGGUGGGGCACACACACUUUGGCUGGGAUGCCGAGGUGGAAGGCGUGCGGUACAUCCAGGCGCCGCUGUGUUCCCCGCUGGAGCGCCGCCGCCGCCUGGCGACGGUGGGCUUUGGGGCCAGCAUGGCGGCGGCGAGGGAGGACCCGGUAGCCGCCCGCUGGCUACCGCUGGAGGUGUACAAGGGGCUGGUGCCGGCAGGGGCGGCGGCGGCGGCAGCAGCAAAUGGGGGUGCGGCGGUAGCGGCGGCGGAGAUGGCGGCAGGCGACGGCGCGGCGGCGGAUGUCGCGCCGCAGGUGGGCGCGCAGCAGCAGCAGCCCCUCGCAGGCUUGCAGCAGCAGCAGCAGCAGCAGCAGCAUCCCACCCCAGGCUUGCAGCAGCCGCAGCAGCGCCCGCAGGGCGCCUGGGCGGCGCAAGGCUGGCAGCCGCUGCGGCACGGGGCGAUGGCGCCUCCCCUGCGGGCCCAGUGGAGCGACCACUAUGCCCAGACUGUGCGGAGGCCAGAUGAUGUGGCGAUGGCGCCUUGGGUGGCCAAGCUGUAUGAGCGGCGGCAGCGGGCGGCCGGCGGCGGCGCCAGCGGCGGCGAGUCCAACGGCGGCUGA